AUGAUGGACCAGAUCCACGGCGUCGACGUGAGCUGGCUCCACCAUCCGCAUCGAUCCGCCAAGGGUAAGUGCUACAGAGCAUGCUCCAAGUGAGCGAUAAAUGAAAUGGGAAGCUCGGCUUGGUUGACUGGACUUGCCCAUUUCGCAGAUCAGAAGCCCGCACCCGCACCCGCACCCGCACCUACUACUGCCACUGCCACUGCACAGCCCUCUCACGAACGCCAUCCCGACCACAACCGCAACCCGUCGCAAGCGAACGGCCAUCACGCAGACCAGUCCACCAGCAAUCCGCACGAAUCACCGAGUCCUCCCGCCGGCCAUGACAAUCAUGGCAAGCACUCGUACUUUCCCGGUCCUGUGACCCCUCCGGCCCUGUCGCAGCCCGUCUCCGACACCAUCACCGCAUUGCCCUCCACGCCGACGCCUCCAGCGAACACCAUCGCCAAGAGCCAGACGAAACGGCCCGGUCUUCGGAGCCGUGGCAGUUCGGAGAAGCUGAACGAAGAAAAGCCUCGUACCCCACGACGUAGUUCUUCAUGGAUAUCCAACCUCAGCAACAAGUUCUCCUCUACCCCCGAGCGAGGCAGCUCUGUACCAGCACAACCAACUCCCCACCCAAGUGCUACCUCUCCCGGUCCCAGCAUUGGUGGAGCUCAGAGGCAAAGCUCUCCUGCUGAUGCCGAAGAGGCGGAGCCCUACGUCCCGUCAAGACCGAAGGAGUCCACAUCCUUCUUUUCCAAUCUGACCCGGAAGUUGUCUGCGGGCCAGACGCCUGCCACCCCGAAGCCUGUCGGGACUGGCGGCGUGUGUGAACGCAGAGUGCUCAAUGUUGACCCAAACCGUGAACGUUGUCUCGUGCCGGAGUUGGACCCGAGCAGGUUACGAAAAGUUGCCUUUUGCGUAGAUGUCGAGAUUGCCGGAGGCCCGAGAUAUCUGGACGAGGAAGACGACGAGCAAGAUGGCAAGCGCAAGAAGAGCGAUGUGAAGAUGAAGGAGAGGGCAGAAGGCGAGGCGUUGAAACAUCCUCAGGCACUCAAGGAAGAAAAGGAGGAGCAUGGCGAGGUCAAGCUUGAGGGCAAGAACAAGCCACUGCCAAUACCUAAAGACAUCCCCAACGGUGACAAGCUCCCUGGCACAAGUGUGAAAGCCCAAGACGGAAGCCCCCCCCCAAAUGGUAGCCUUGAGAACACUUCGGCGAUUGAUCGCAAGAAGGAAAAGAAGAAGAAGUCGGAAGAGGAGCGCAAGGAGAGGAAAGAAAAGCGCAGGAAAAAGGCCGAAGAGAAUGGAUCGAUUCCAGUUGAACACUCGUUGGACGAUGAUGUCGCUUCAGAGAGGGACGCAGACGCCUUCGCAUCUUCCCUUUCGAACCGGAAGCCUUUACCGACCUCCAGCAACAAUGCACAGCCUCCGAUUACGAAAUGCGAUAGGCCUACGACAGAUCCCGUGCGGAUAUACCGGCGAUGUUGUCAACUACGGGAAACGCCGAUCCUCAAGCGGAUCACAGAGCAGCUGAUGGCUCCCACCUGUUGCGUACCCUACGAGCCUGGGGUCGUAAACUGCCUCGAUCUGACCGGUUCCAGAUUGCAACUCGCGGACAUGAUCACGCUGGGUGAUUGGCUUGCAGUUGUACCCGUCAAAAGACUCUUACUGGAAGACGCCGAUCUGAACGAUGAAGGCUUGCGCUGCAUUCUUGCUGGUCUCCUUGCGGCAAAGAGACCAGAGCCGAACAAACGUCGAAAUACUUCUCCAAAGCACCGAGAGCGAAUCCAGCCCAAGCAUUACCAGGAGCGGGCUGGUGUUGUCGAGAAGAUCACGCUGAAGAAUAAUCCCCGCAUUACGCGCAUGGGGUGGAAACAUAUCAGCUUGUUUCUCUACAUGUGCAGAUCGAUCAAGGCCAUUGAUCUGUCGUUGAUGCGAUUUCCAGACACCCUUCCGCCGAGCGCACACAGCACACACAUCAAAAGCCCUCACCAUGCACCAACAGGCCCCGGCCAUGACGCAGACGCCGCCGAGACGCUUUUCAGGUGCUUGAGUCAACGUCUCGGUGGUGACAGGCUUGAAGAACUCAUCGUCUCCGAAUGCAAUCUCAAAUCACGGCAGAUUCGCAAGAUUGUGGAUGCGGCGAUAAUAUGUGGCAUCCACAGGCUCGGAUUCGCUGGCAACCACCUUGACGACGAAGGACUCGAAAGCUGCGUGCACUACCUCAAGUCGGGCGUCGGCGGUGGUCUAGACAUCGGGGGCAACGACCUCCGUGGCAAAUUGGACAAGAUCGCGGCCGCCCUCUGCGACAGACAAUCUGGAGAAGCCUGUUGGGCGCUCAGUCUGGCAGGAUGCAACUUGGACACGGAAUCCAUCAAGCCUUUAUUCCCUGUGCUGGUGACGCUACACGAUUUCCGCUUCAUCGAUCUCAGCCACAAUCAAGAUCUGUGCGGAAAAGGCAAUGGCACCAUCUCAUUACUGCGCAGAUAUAUAGGCCGAAUGAAAGAUCUGAAGCGGAUUCAUCUCGCUGAUGUCGGCAUGAGUCCGAAGCAGGCGAUUGCUUUGGCUGACGUGCUUCCGGAAGGCCCUAAACUUGCGCACCUCAAUAUACUUGAAAACCCGCAACUGUCAGCACUCGCGAGUGCGAAAGACGAGGCCAGUCAAGGGGAAGCCUGUGCUCUGUAUGCCAGCUAUAUGGCUGCGGUCAGGGUGUCGAACACCUUGAUCUGCAUCGACAUUGACGUAAGUCAUCGAAGCUAUUUGCUACAUGAUGAAGACUAAUGUUACCAGGUUCCGAGUCCAGACAACAGUGAAAUCGUCAAGGCUCUUGCGAAACAAAUGGUCGCAUAUUCUCUGCGGAACAUGGAUCGCUUUGCAAUUGCUGAAGAAACCGGCAAUGGCAAUUCGGCGACUGCCGAUGCCGCUGCAUCCCUGGCCCAACCGCAUGGCGGCGAGCAGCAGCUUAAGGAGAUCACAGUGCCGGAUGUACUCAUGCAUCUGGUCGGGCACGUGGAAGGCAAUCCGGACAAUCAUGACAACGAUCCACCUGCUCCAGAUGACGAUUACAUUGUGGGUGGCACUGGUGUCGUCAAGGCUCUGCAGUAUGUGCUGGGCGAAAAAGCCGACGACCUGCGUCGCAGCAGUAUCCCGAACCCCCCGACGCUGUCAGGCGCCAUGUCUCCUCGCGAAAGGCCUUCCUCUUCCGCAGGGUUCGACGCGGAGCAGCAAGUCAAGGCGAAGAAGAUGAGCAAGAAUCUGCUCGACAGCGCGCGAAAGAUUCGAGCUCGCCUGCAGCCUGCUCUCGCGAAAGAAGCCCGUGGCGGAGACGAAAUGGCUCUGAGGCGGUUGGUGUUCUUAGACCAAACCCUUCAGAGCAUGAUCCAGCGCUUCGAGGAGGAAUAUCCCGAGACACGCCUUGCUCCACCUUCGCCCAAGGCGCUAUCGCUUGCAUCCUCCGGAACCGAACACUCAAUCCCGCUGACGAUCAAUACCGCCGCAACAGAGCUCACCAACAAGUCCGACGACGAAGACGAGUACGAAGAAGACGGCAAAAGCCAUCCCGCCUUCUCGCGUCACAACAGCGACGUCUCGCUCGCCUCGCGUGCACUCGGAAUCGAAGAAGGCCAUCUCCACCGUCUUGGCCAGCGAAUGCGUCGGGAAGUCGUCGACUCACCUGCCACGGCGUUCGCGCCCGACGACGAGACGCCUCCGUGGAAAGAAAUCGAAGCGAAACGCCUGGCCAUCCUCCAGGAGCAAUUCGACAGCAUCAGCGGGCAGGAGUUGAAGACAUUGGUGGAGGAGGGCGGGUGGGAUGCCGCGCUGCGGAAAGUCGACGCGAACAUGGAGGACUUGAUUGCGUUGCAAGAGCAGGAUCCUCAUGCGUGGAAUGCUUUCUUGGAGUCGCAGAUGAAGGCGAGGAUGAAUCUGAGGGCGGACGCGAAGAGUCGAGCGUCGUGA